AUGGUAAUUACCUCUAGCACACCACCAUCCUCAACAACAGAACAAUUAAUUUCUUCAAUAAAGCCUUCAAAUACACCUUGUUCACAAUCCCCUAAAAAAUCUGUCGAAAACGAUAGUAGUGGUAGUAGUAGUAACAGCAGUAAUAAUAAUAAUAAUAAUAAUAACAAUAAUAAUAAUAAUAAUAAUAAUAAAAACAAUAAUAAUAAUAAUAAUAGUGACAGCAGUAGUAAUAAUAAUACUUGCAAUAUAAGUAGAGAGAAUUCGUUUCCUUUCAUGAUGGAUUUAACAUUAGAAGAAGCAGUUGCUGUAGAAGAGAAUAAUGAAACCUAUAAUAAUAGUAAUAAUAAUAAUAGUUGUGACAAUAAUAAUAACAACAGCAGAAAUGAAGAGAUAUUAAAUUCUAAAUCCGAAAUUUUAAUAAAUGAAAGCUAUAAUUGUACUAAUAACAAUAACAAUAAUAAUAAUAAUAAUAAUAAUAAUAAUAAUAAUAAUAACGAAAAUACAUAUAUACCAAAGCAAUUUAAAAAAGUAUCAUAUGAACCAAAUGUAAAUAAUAAUAAUAAUAAUAAUAGUAAUAACAAUGAAGAUAUUCCAAGUCCAAUAUCACCAAUAAUACCAAAUAAUAAUAAUAACACAAUCAAUAGCAAUGACGAUGAUGAACCAUCUAUAGUUGUCUCUGAAGAUAUAUCGUCAAAUGGUGAUAAUACGACAAACGAUGCCAAUACAAUGAACUCUUUUGAAGUUAACCCCUCGCUUGCAUGUGGUGAUUCAUUGGCAUCUGAAUUAGCCGAAAUGUUUGCUCAUUUUAGAAGAUAUAAACAACCAUUCCCUGGUAAAAGAGAUGAAGUAAGUUUAAAAUAA